CAGGUUAUUUCCUCGUCAUUGUCCACGUCGCGGUUGUCAAAAUUAUCGCGGCAAAUUCAGCAGCAGUCGCAUAGAACGACGACGUCAUCGUCGUCAACGUCUGGCUUUGAAGCGUCGUCAGCGACGAACGUCGUUGAUCCGUUGAAGCACUCGUUCAGUAAUCCCGGAGAACUCGUCAACGUCGAGCGAAAACAAGUGACGAGCAGCAGCAACUUUUCCCGAUCUGUUUCCGUGUCGUCGUCUUCUUCUGGUGCCACCGGGGUUUCUUCCAAAGGUUUCAGUCGCCUUCAGCCGAAUAUCCCAUCGUUGGAAAUCGUGGAGACCGACGAUGAUGACGAGGUCGAGGGUGACGGAGUCAGGUCACCGCUGGUGGAAAUGCCUUUGGAACCGUCGACAGCGUUGGUGUCACCGCCUAGUUGUCCACUCCUGUCGACUGUCGAGUCAAAGUUUGAGAAGAAAACUUCCUCGAGGUCAAGCACGAAGAUCGUCACGGACUCCUUCACUCGAGAACAGUCGCAUUCUUCGAACGAACAAGUCAAACGUCUGCAAACUGGUGAUCUGACGAUAGAAGAGAGCUCGAAGUCGAAGGCCGUCAAGGCGAAAGUUGAGGUGGAUGGAGUGACUGCUGAAGAAGCUACAGCAGUUCGAUUGGAUCAGCGGCACUUGAAGCAAGGGGAUCAUGUGGAGAGAGCAGAAAGGCUCACUGCUGGGUCUGCGGCUCGGCUGCAUUCUGCCACGGAUGGCUUCUCUCAUUCGCAAUCGGCAUUGUCAAUGCAAGAGAGCAGCCAUGUGCAAAAACCCGGCGAGAAACCCGAAAGUCAUCACCAGGCCCAUCACGCGUCCAAGGUCUCCUACACGUCCAAGGGUCUCACCACAUCCUCUUCCAAAAUGAUUAGCAAGACAUCCACGGGGCCCCUGGUGGUGUCGUCGCAAUCCUCGUCAUCAGUCGACAGCAAGAUCUUCGAAGAAUUGGACGCCAUCACGGACUCGGAGGCGGUCACGCCGUCGGACGUGGAAUCCGUCGCCCGUCGUGCCAAGGGCGCCAUGUCCGCCUGCGUCGCGCGUCUCAAAUCCGCCGCCGAUUCCGGACAAUUGCUCGACAGCAUGCAUCAAUUAAUUCGCAAGGCCUGGUCCAUCAAGACGCACGGACACGCUGUCGGAACGUCGUUGUGCGACAGUCUGCGAGAAACUGGGGGAUUGGACAUACUCAUUGAUAAUUGUUCGUCGGCUGAUGAGACGCUGCGGUUUCAGUCCACCAAGCUUCUGGAGCAGUGUUUGACGGCUGAGAACAGGAGUUACUUGGCUGCGAAUGGACUGGAGAAAGUCGUCAAAGCCGUGGCGAGGAUACCACGAAUGCACCAGCACCAUCAUCACAACGUAUUGCACCAUCACGCCCUGAUGGCCGGAGAUCUGAGCCACGAGAUGGAGCUGGAUUACAGUAGAGUCAGAACCGGGAUCCUGGAAAGUCUCUUCAAACAUUCUGAGGGAACCUGUGGCGCCAUCAUACGGAUGGGUGGACUAAAGGCCGUGCUGGAAGAGUGCAGGAAAUCCGAUGUUGAAACAUUGCGACAUUGCGCUUCUGCACUCGCCAAUUUAUCGCUUUACGGCGGGUCUGAGAACCAACAGGUGAUGAUCAAACACGACGUGCCGACCUGGUUGUUCCCGCUGGCCUUCAACAACGACGACAACAUCAAGUACUACGCCUGCUUGGCCAUUGCGACAAUGGUGGCCAACAAGGAGAUCGAAGCGAAUGUGCUCAAGUCUGGUACCCUGGACCUGGUGGAACCCUUUGUGACCAGUCACAGUCCCGAAGAAUUCGCCUACUCCACCGUGUCGCACGUGCAUGGGCAAAGCAAGACGUGGCUCAAGCGACUCGUGCCGGUGUUGUUGUCCAAGCGAAAAGAAGCCUGUGCCUUGGCUGCGUUUCACUUCGCCAUGGAAGCCGGCAUCAAGAAGAACCAGGGCCAAACUCAUAUUUUCAGGGAGAUUCAGGCAAUCGAGCCCCUGAAGCAAGUGGCGUCGUCCCCGAACGCGAUUGCGUCUAAAUACGCGGCCCAGGCCUUGGCCCUGAUUGGCGAGGAAGUACCGCAUAAACUGACGCAACAAGUACCGCUCUGGACAUCGGAAGACGUGCGACAGUGGGUGGAGCAAAGCGGGUUCCCAGUGUUUGCUAUUAGAUUCGUGGAGAGUAAAGUCGACGGGGACCUUUUACUUCAAAUGACGGAAGAUAUGCUGAAGGAGGACAUUGGAAUCGGAAACGGCAUUCUCCGGAAAAGGUUCAUGCGAGAAUUGGUGAACUUGAAGAAAAUGGCGGAUUACAGCAGUUGCGACGCGUCGAGUCUGAACGAUUUUCUACAUUCCCUGGGUCCUGAAAUGUCGCAGUACACUUACAAAAUGCUGCAGUCUGGAGUAGACAGAGGAAUGUUGAAAAGCAUCACUGAGGAACAGCUUUUGUACGAAUGCAGUGUUGCCAAUUCCAUACACCGGCUGCGGAUUCUUGAUGCCAUCAGAAACGAGUGUAACUUGAUAUCGACGUCCGAGGAGAGUUUGGACAAGAACCUCGACGUCUUCAUCAGCUACCGAAGAUCAAACGGAUCCCAACUUGCAAGUUUGCUAAAGGUCCACAUGCAAGUGAGAAGAUUCUCCGCGUUUCUAGACGUGGAGCGUCUGGAAGCUGGCAAGUUUGAUAACAAUUUGUUGCAGAGCAUUAAGCAGGCGAAGCACUUUUUCCUGGUGCUCACC